CCUAAUUCACACACUCUGAAAAAUCAACCAGAAAACGGUCUUGGAAGGCAACGAGAGCAUAGAUACAUAUACAUACAUAUAUAUAUAUAAUUACAGCAUCGAUCAAUAUGGAAGUGGAGAAUACGAGUGGCCGGAAAGUCGUCUCCGGCAACAACGGCGGCGAUCACGACGACGAUAAUGGUCCGCUGCCGGGAUUCCGGUUCCACCCCACCGACGAAGAGCUCGUCGGAUUCUAUCUCCGGCGGAAGGUGGAGAAGAAACCGAUCAAGCUCGAACUCAUCAAACAGGCUGAUAUCUACAAAUUCGAUCCUUGGGAUCUUCCAAGUAUGUCCACAGAAUCGAACAACGGUGUGGACAAAGAAUGGUAUUUCUUCUGCAAAAGAGGGAGGAAGUAUAAGAACAGUAUACGCCCAAAUAGAGUGACCGGUUCGGGUUUCUGGAAGGCGACCGGAAUAGACCGGCCCAUAUACUCCUCCUCCUCCAACGGCGGCGCCGCCCACUGCAUCGGCCUGAAGAAAUCCCUCGUCUACUACCGCGGCAGCGCCGGAAAAGGCACCAAAACCGACUGGAUGAUGCACGAGUUCCGCCUCCCUCCCCCCAACCACGACAAGCCCCACAAAACCGCCAUUGACGCCAAAACCUUGGAUCAAGAAGCUGAAGUUUGGACACUGUGCCGGAUACUGAAGAGGAACAUUUCUCACAGAAAAAUCAUUCCCAACUGGCGGGAAAUCGCUCCAAAGCGAAAUGGCGGCGGCGCCGGCGCCGGCGUGAUAAUCAACCCCGGAUUAAUCGACGCCGGCUCCGAAACCUGCAGCCUGGAAUCAUGCGACUAUCAAAACGCGCAGAGCAAUUACAUCAGCUUUACGGCGCCGUCCGGCGCCGCCGUCAUCCACCAGAUCGACAAGAAGCCCUACAGUUCCGGCCACAUGGAAACUUUCCUAAAUCAGCAAUUCCACCACCACCUCGGCGGCAUGCCGGCCGUCAUCUCGCAACCUCCGUCCGUACUUCCGACGUCGAUGUUCUCCAGCGCCGACAUCAACGAGUUGCUGCGGCACGCGGAAUGGGAGGAUCUUCAGGCCAUUGCAGGCGGCGCCGCCGUGCCGGCAGCAGCCAUGAAUAAUCCCUUCUAUCUGUGAGCACCCCUACUAUAUACAUACAUUAUACAUACACACAUACAUAUAUAUAUGUGUAUAUAUAUAUGUGUAAUAACCUUGUAGGGAUGAUGGUAGUGAGACUUGGAAUAAUGGAGCACUGAGGAUCAAUGGCAGCUUUUUCACAUUCCUGUUGAUUGAUAUAUUGUUUGAUCUUCUUAGGCUGUACGUUAUUCAAUCUUUUUCUUUUCUUUUCUUUUCUGGAUAUUGUAAGUUGAUCGAUUAGAUGAAUUGAUCCCAGUUUUAGAUGUUAGAUACAUGAUUAUUGCAUUCGGGUUGAUCAGAUUUAGCCACAUCUCAUCUCAUGUAUAUUUUUUCUUCAGAGAUCAUUUUUAUAUU